CAUGCACCGAAUCAACGGAUACCCAAUAUCCAUAACAGUCCCUUUACAACCAAAUCCCGCUCUUACGUCUUCGCAUGGGACGUCCCAUCUGCAUCACGACGGGAAACUGCCUAUUGAUCUCAAGUUCAUCAUAUGCAUGCGCAUAUCACCUCGUGGGCUCCGGGGACCAGAGGCGAUUUUUGCGGGUAGCACAUUCUUGGAGGGCUACACGCUGUUCGUGGAUAUAUAUAUUAGGACGGGUGUGAAAGCAGUCAACGUCGAUUUCGACGAUUGCGAGUCGGCGAUAUGGAUGACGCAGAUAGUGAUUUCGACGAGGAUGAUGGUAAUCAGGGUACGAUGGACAUCGACGUUGCACCGGCGCCGCCUACGACAGAACCGUCAUGGCCAGAUUUUGAGUGCCAAAACCUUCAACGAACGUAUAAGGAGCCGUAUUCAGCAGGCCAUCCUUUACAAAACCCCUCGGUAAUGGC